CAGUGUAUCCACAUAUAUUACCCUACAAUAGUCCUUAGGUUGAGGUAUUGGUUUUGUUCUUGUAGUUGAAAAACGCGUAGUUAAAAUUUCUUAAGACCCUUAUAUUCAACCUUUCUCUCUUUAUUCUUCAUCUCACACAAACUAAACCCAAAAAAAAAAAAAGAAAAAAAAAGUCUAAAACGCUUUCAAUUUCUCUCCGAGUCAACUCGUUUGCCAACUAAAUGAACUCGGACACGUUACCCUCCUCCACGGCGUCGUUUUGGUGCUAUAGUUGCACCCGUUUCGUUCAUCUCUUAGACCAUAACGACGUCGUUUGUCCACACUGUCAAAACGGUUUCGUUGAAGAGAUUCACGCCGGUAAUUCUCCGGCGGUUUCACUUUUCGCCGACGGAAUUCAAGCUUCCAGGAGACAAAAUUCCCGCCGGAGACGUCGUAACGCUGGUGGAAGCCGCUCACCUUUUAAUCCUGUGAUCGUUCUCCGUGGACCUAGAGAAGAUGGCGCCGGCGGUGGCGGUGGUGCCGGUGGAGUUGAAAACGAAGGGAGUAGCUUUGAAUUAUACUACGAAGAUAGCAACGGUAACGGUAACGGCACCGAUCUACGACCACUUCCGCCGAAUAUGUCAGAGUUAUUACUCGGUUCUGGAUUCGAUCGGUUGUUAGAGCAAUUCUCACAGAUCGAAAUCAACGGUUUCGGUAGAGCGGAGAAUCCUCCGGCGUCAAAGGCGGCGAUAGAAUCAAUACCAACGGUUGAGAUCGCCGAAGCAGAAAUAGAAGCCGAAACUCACUGUGCGGUUUGUACAGAAGCGUUUCAUCUUGGUUCGGAAGCGCGUAAGAUGCCUUGUAAACAUCUUUAUCAUUCCGAUUGCAUUCUCCCAUGGCUUUCGAUGCGAAAUUCGUGUCCGGUAUGUCGGCACGAGCUACCGUCCGAUCAAAAUCCUUCGGAGAGUGUAAUAUCCGGUCAGAUCAACGAUGAAUCCGUUGGAUUGACGAUAUGGAGGUUACCGGGAGGUGGAUUUGCGGUUGGGAGAUUUGCCGGUGGUCGGAGAGCCGGCGAGAUUCAGUUACCGGUUGUUUACACGGAGAUGGAUGGCGGUAAUACUAAUGACUCAAAUGAAGAUUCUAGAAGAUUCUCUUUUGCAGUUGGAAAUGAUAGAGUUAGAGAAAGACGUGGAAUUCGAAGAAUUUUUCGAAAUUUCUUUUCCUUUUUCGGUAACGUUAAUUUAAAUCGUAGCUCUUCUCGUUCAUUGUUUAGUAGAAGCUCACGUAGUAGAAGAAGCAGAACUACUUGGGUUGCAGAAGAAUGAUUUGGAUUUCUUCCGAGUCACCGUCUUUUACAAGGAAUAAAAUCGCGAGAGGUGGCAGACGGAAAUGGAUUCCCUACCGUCACUAUUUGACCGCAGGUUAAUAAAAACAUACAAUACCUUAAACGUGGUGAUGGAUUAUGGAACAAGUUUCAUGUGGGAUGAAUAAUUUUUGGAAAGAAUGUUAUUAAUUUAAUUUAAAUUUAAAAUUCUUACUGUAAAUAGCAAAGAGUUGCUAUUAGUUUAGUAGAUGAUGAUCAUUGAAAGGUGCAAGAUAAAGAUUGUAGUUGUUCUUGGUGAAGAAGCCAUGGUUAUUGAAUUUCUAUAGUUAUUAAUUAGUUUAAUCAAUUAUUUAGUUGAUUCGUUUAA